GAUGUGAUGAUGACAGGGGAUUACAUGAUCCGGGAUGAUGAUGAUGAUGAUGAUGAGAAGUCUUUAUUUUUUUCCUAUUUGAAACCCUCAUGAGGUGACGUCCCGGGUGACAUUUGAUCCCAGUGUUUUCCGUUUUGUUUGUUCUUCGACUGAAAACACACAUGACAGCAUCACACUUCCAAAUAUAGCCGAUGAUAAGAAAUUCCAUUUUUUUCAAGGCGAUCCCAAAGCAUGACUCAAGAACGAUUCAGCUCACGCAGCGCAUACCGUAACACUGCCGGAUUCGAGUUUUUUUAGAGUAGCUAGAAAUCGGUACCGGUGCCGGGUUGUGGAAACGGGUGGUGUUGGUAGGUAGGCGCAGGCGCAUUGUUGGCAAACUGAACUGAAUUCAUGAAGAAAAUUUGCUUGAUUGCAAGAUAAUCAAAGAGGUUGACAACAUAACAGGAUAUCAUAUCAUUCCUGAAAGGCUAAAGGUACACAUACUUGUUGCAUAUAAACACAUAUGCUGAGGAAUAUAAGCAGGAGGAGGAAUAUUGUUUCAGGGGAGGAUUGAAGGAACCCUAUUUGAGCUAUCAUUUCAUCCAGGAAUUUAUAUUGUGGAUACCUAGCAUAGCUGAGCCUGUGAAGAAUGAGUCUCUGAUAAGUGAUUAGGAAAGUUUGACGUUGAACCAUGGCAUGCAAUCAUCAGCCAUUCACUCCAAAGAGCAACACUCAAUAGUUUCUAGUGCCUUGAACAGGGGGAAAAUUUAAAUUCUUGUGAACCGUGAAGGUUUUUCAUCUAUUCCUAGCAAGAUGCCGUUUGGUCUUCGUCUGAAGAAAACCCGGAGGUAUAACGUGUCUGGAAAGAAUUCAUUCGUUGCCAGGAUUCAACUUCUGGACAAUGCUGUUUUGGAAAUAACAUUAACACCAGAAAGUUUGGGACAGGAUUGUCUGGACACCAUUGCUCAGAAACUUCAGCUUGAAGAGAGUAUCUACUUUGGCCUCCAGUAUAGCAACAAGAACUACAAGCUCCGAUGGGUGGAUCUAGAGAAACCGCUAAAGAAACAAUUGGACAAGAAUGCCCAUGACUCUAUGCUUCGUCUGGGUGUCAUGCUCUAUACAACCAACAUACAAACACUGAGGCAUGAAAUAACAAGAUACAUGUACUUCUUGCAGUUGAAGAGUGAUAUUAUUGAGGGCAUUUUACCAUGCAGUGAAGAACAAGCAGUGACUCUGGCCAGCUUUGCUUUACAAGCUGAGAUAGGAAAUUUUGACCCCGCCAAGCACACUGUGGAAUUCUACCAGAAUGAAUAUGUUCUGCUGCCUAAGAACAUGACAACAGAGAAUGUGAGUUUGUCUGAGUUACUUCUCAGGGUUAUGAACGCACAUCAGGCCAAGGUUGGCAUGUCAACAUGUCAGAGUGAACUAGGGUAUAUUGACCAGGCUGCUAAAUUACAAGGUUAUGGACAAGAGAGCUUCCCAGCUAAAGAUGACUCUGGGAAUGAAUUAUUCAUCAGCGCAUCCUUCUCAGGUUUAAGUGUUAAACAUCUAGAUAGACAAGAGACUGUUCAUUUUGAGUGGCAUGAGGUUGUGAGCAUGGGCCACAAUCGGCGGGCCUUUGGGGUUGGGACGUCCCGCUCUCAUGAUGUCCUGCAAUUUCAGAUGGAUGAUGCGGAGACAGCCAAGUAUGUGUGCAGAAUAUGCAGACUCCAACAGCAGUUCCACAAGUAUACAGUUGAAACAGUCAAGCUUGGAAGCAGAGAGGUUCUGGUCGAUGGUUUCCCAGCAGACAAGCUAAUCACUGUAGUAGAUCCAGAGAGGAGAAUGUCAAUGGAUGGACACCAAUCAUCAGGAAAGAUGAGGAAUAGAGAUAGUCUUAUGAUGGGUGAAGGAACUUCCUCUGAGGAGAACCUUCCACAUCACAUGAUGGCGGAUGGUCAACUAAGUAACCAGCAAUUCAUCAUUAGCCAAACAGGAAAUACCAACUUCACCACAUCUCAACUGAGUCUUGAUAACCAGCAUGCCUAUGACAUGGGUCCUUUCACUACCUCCCAGCUAAGUCUGGACAGACCACCUACUGAUUACAGCUACUCUAAUGGUAACCUAGUCAUGCUGGAUCAGAAUGGAAGUGUGUAUAGCGCCCCCAGUGUGAAUUCGCUGAAUUAUGGACUCCACAACCAGGUGUCACCAAACUCGUCCAAUCCUAGCCUUACGAACAAUGAGAAACUGCGCGCUCAUCUGCAAGCAGCUCUGCCGGCAUACAGGCAGAGUCCAGACUAUGAGUCGUUCAUCCAGGCCAGACUGCAGCAAAGGCUGUUGACUGUGAGUGAGCAGAGUCAGAGUGUAGGGAACCUUGGUAAGCAGAAUGGGUUUGGACCUGUGGAAAGUGUGCUCUAUCCUCAGCCGGAACUGAGGCAACAUAGUCAUAACAAUCACUACAGGCAGCAGUUCAGACUCAGCUAUGGAGGCAUGCCUAACAAUUACUACACUUCCAACAACAUGGACUACUCCCUGGAGUCACUGCAGCAUGGGCUGUUGAUAAAGACUCCCCAUGGGAACAUUGUACAUACCAUCAGUGUGCCUGAAUUGACGUCAGAGCAUAUUCAAACCACAGAGGAGUAUAUUACUGCAAAACUGUUGAAAAACAAGUACAAACCACCACCGCCUUACCCAAGAGGAAGUGCCAGUACCCCUAACCUUGCCAGGCAAAGUAAUAAUUACUUAGUGAGCAGUAGUAGCCCCGAUCUGGUGAGUAGGAGGUUACAGGCUAUUGAAGCCAUGCAUGAGGUUAAUCUCCAUGGAAGCGGGAAUGUAAAUAUUGAUACGGAUUUAUCUCAGUCAUUACCCAUAGAUGCAUUCCAACAGUUGAGGAUACAGGACUACCAUCCGCAGGUUGGUAUGUACAGCAGACACGUUUCACAAGGAUAUCAGCAGCAGUACAGUCCACAGCAACGAGAGUUCAAACCUGCAUUGACUCUAAAUCUGACAGACAAAGCCCAACCGUCUGAUCUCUCCAUGAUAGGUGUGCCCUCUGGGUACGAGGACAAACUGCCUACCCCGCCAGACAAGGCUAGGAUCAUGAGUCCUUUCCAGGAAUUCGCAGUGCCUUUGGUCAGCCCACCAAGUGAAUUUGCAGAUCACAGUGACAUUGAUUCAAACAUGUCUCCGGGUAGUGUUGGGAGUCCUCCACGCCACUUUCACCUACCUCCCCAAGGCUUGGGGGAUAUUUACAACUCACAACCAUCACUUCCAGAGAACCAUAUGACCUAUGUGACAGGUGGCUUUGGACAGAUGAAUGGCACUGGUCAGCAUGGCUCGCCCACAAGAGUAUACUCUAUGCCUCAGCUCCACCCAGAAAUGCGGGAGGUGAACCCUAGUCAUUAUGCCAUGCUCCAUGUUGAUCAGGCCAACUAUGUUAAUUCUGUACAGGGCUUCCACGUGCAUCCCCAGCAGCAACACACCUCAGAAGUAGAAACAAUACUAGCAGAGAGGACAAAUCAUCAGCCGCAAGGCAGUCCUAUUGCAGUGAACAAUCAUAACAUUGGUAGCUUUGCUUCUAAUGUGAAUGUUACGCCUUUGGACAAUAUCACUCAGGAAAUUCCUCAGAAGGGGCAUGCAACUCAGUCGCCCUCUCCACCUCCAGCUCUUCCACUCUCGACAGUUGACGUUAACACUCACCAGCCCAAGCAACCUGAAAUGAAAGUCAGUUCUCCAACCUCGAAACCUUCCACCAGUACUACUGCUCAGCAACCUUCCACAUCAAAAGCCUCAUCUGCUCAACCAAUUAGCAGCAGCAAGCACAAAUCAUCCAAAGCACCCGAGUCACCUACGCUGCCUUUGUCUCCUGAUCCUGAAGGAAGAGAAAUUCUUGAGGAUGUAGGGACUGAAAAUGGAGGAUACAUUGGUCCUUUGAAGCUGGCUGCCAUGAGUGGGUUAACCCUUCUCAGACCAAGGGACAUGCCUGAUGAACCAGAGGAAGAAUCUAAACAUCCAAGAGAUGCAAGGCGGAAAAUCCUUGAGAAGCAAUUGAGAGAAGGUCAGGUAUUCACAGAGUAUGAGCAGAUUCAUAAGAAGCGAGAAGGAGCAGUGUGCUAUACAUCAAAAUUACCAGAGAAUGUCAACAGAAACAGAUUCAAAGAUGUCCUACCAUAUGAGGAUUGUAGAGUGGAGUUAUCCUCAUCUCAUCAUAACAGUGGAGGUUACAUCAAUGCCUCACUGGUUAAGGUACCCAUCGCUGGUGAGAUGCUACAUUACAUCGCUGCUCAGAGCCCUAUGGAGAACACUGUUCAAGACUGGUGGAGGAUGGUAUGGGAGAGUGGUACACAGGUCAUCGCUAUGCUCACUAAACUCAAGGAGGAUGGCAGAGAAAAGUGUUUCAAAUACUGGCCUGAUUGUACUUCACCUAAGAAGAAUACAGCUGAGUUUGGACCUUUCCGUGUGAUAGCACAGUUCAGCAAUGACUCUGGUUGUUACAUCACCAGUGGGCUUACGUUGCGUCAUCUUCCAUCAGGUGAACAGAGGACUGUUUGGCAUCUACAAUACAAUGAUUGGCCUAAUAAAGGAUGCCCCAAUGAUGUGCAUGGCUUCCUAUCAUUCCUUGAGGAGUUCCAGUCUGUAUGUCGGCAUGCUAAUAGCAUGAACGAGGUUGAUGUGGGUCCACCUCCUAUCGUACACUGCAGUGCUGGAGUAGGAAGGACUGGAGUAUUAUUACUGGUUGAUAUUAUGAUUAGCAGUCUGGAACACAAUGAGGAAAUCAACAUUCCGAAGAUGCUGGGUAUCUUGCGCCAGCAGCGAAUGCUGAUGGUUCAGACGGUGGGACAGUAUACCUUUGUUUACAAGGCUCUCAUCCAGUCUCUCAAGAACACCCGGCUGAUCUAAACACCCAUCUGAUCUAAACACCCAUUCCAAUGUCAUGUGUGUCGUAUAAUGUUAUUUGCUAAUCAGAUGAUUUCAAGUUUCGUGUUGAUUGUGGGUGUUAGUGUUUGGGAAUGCUAGUGUAAGUGUUUGGCAUUUUAGCACCAGCCAUGACACCAAACCUGAUAUGGGACAGGUGGUGGUAUUGAUGUCAGAGGGUGUUGAGCUGCCACAGUAUGUUCACUUUUCGAUGUUGGAGCUAGAUACUGGUACCUGUAGCUUGAAUCAUGGUGUCAACACCUACACCAACACUAGCACCGUACUUGAAACGUCCUUUGUGGGUCCUUUCGUUCUGUUAGGGAUUGUCAUAUCUCACAAGGGUAUUACUCCCAGUGUAUUUGCAUUAUCAAUGUAAAUGAAGAGGUUGUUUCACUAGUAGUCAAACUUGACAUGGAAAGCUGUGCAGAAAUCAAGUUUUUUUCCUAUGUUUUAACAUUGACUUUCCCCUUCUAUUUGUUGAAUCUGAAAUAAGAGGUUAAGUCGAGUGAAUUUUACAGGAUUCAUGAUGAAAGAUGGAACUACACCUAACAUCCACUUAUCCAAAGGUACCUGAAAACCAUUUGUAAGUGCUAGUGCACAUGUGGUAUUCAUUACAUAAUUUAAACGAGUCUACCAAAUACUGCCACCCCCCCUGAGAUUGUCCUGUGAAACGCGGUGAUGUGUUAUUUAUCACAAUGCAGGAAGGGAAUUAAGUAUGACUUGAAUUCAAGGUUUUCAGUGCAUUGAGUGCUUUUUAUUGUCAAUACUAGCUCUCCAUAGAUAUCUAUUGGCAUUACUCUGAUGAUGAUAAUGAUAGACAAGCAUUGUAUAACCUGUUAUGAUGGUGAUAAUAGUGAUGAGAGAUGCCCAUUUUGUAACCUGUAAUAAUGAUGAAUAUAUUAAUCAUAAUUAUCAUCAUUAUCAUCCAUAUUAUCAUUAUACAGUACUCUGUCAAGUAACACCCAGAUAUCAACAAAUAUUUGUGUUAUUGUUGGCCUAUCUCUAAAAAUUUCCUUUUGUCUCAGCACUGCAAUGUUCCAUUCAUAAAGACAUUCCAUGCUUUAUCCAUUCGGUAAUGAAACAUUUGUUUGAAACCAGGUUUUUAUUAUAUCUCAUUUGGCUGAAGUUAGGAUUUUAAAAGGGGUCUAUGAAUCUCUUUAAGUCUUCUUUUUCAAUACUUUAGGUGUAUGAUGAAGGUUAAUAUUAGUAUCGCAUGCACAUUUAUCUUAGGAACAAUUAUUACCAAAAGAAAUGUUAUAGAACCUUUUACAAAUUAUAUACUUCAUGUGCUGAACUCAAGUUUGCCAUUGUUAACAUAUUUGAGAUUCUUUUUAGAUAGAGAUUUUAAUUUCACAAUUGUGAAUACAGUCAUCAAGUUUCUCCUAUAUAUGAAUCAAAAUUGAUAAAAUCCAUGAGAUUUCCAAUGAGUAUGAGUAAAAUGCUUCUUAGAUGGCUUGCCUGCAAUAAUUAAAUGCUAUGAAUAGAAAUUACAGUACUUAAUCACAUUCGUAUUCAGGUUUUGUUUUGCACAUGAAGAAUUCGGACUUCAUGGUUUUUAAUACCAUAUACUCUUUCAUGAUUUGUAACAUGAUUACAUGCAUAAAAAGGGGAUGAAUAAGGGAAAUUACCAACCAGUUUUCAAGAUUGUAUUCAUUUACAAUCAAGAUGUGAUGACAUAUCGUUUAAUCUUGGUUUUUUUUAAAAAUGCAUUGUAUUUUAGGCAUCAGCUUGAUAUGAGAUAUAAAAUUCUAAAAUAUUUGAUAUCAUGCAAUAGUACUUUAAAGAUUCUCAAGUACUGUAAUAAAAUUCCAAUUCAACAAUAAGAUAGGAAAGACAAAUCUCUGAAACUAAAUGAUUAACUAUGAAGUAAGUGCCUAGUUGAAUGUUAUGAAUAAAUGAAUACCGGUACACAAUUGAUACCAUACAGUAUUAGGAAAAAUAUUUUUCAUUAACUGUUUGAUUGUUUUGUCAUCUUGUACUUAUUCACUUUUUAUUGUAUUCAGAUAUCAUGCUUAUUUCUUAUGCUGUGCUUUUGUAUAAUGUGAAUAUUAUCUUAUAUUUAUUGUGUUACAUUUUGUAUCCCAUUAUAAAUACUAUAUUUUUAAAAUACAAAUUUCUUACAAUAAAUUGUCAUGUUAUUCCAUUUUAUCCCAUCCAUUACUCAUUCAUAGUACCAUUGUAUGUGAACAAAACAAUAUCUUGUGAUAGGCAGAGACAUAAUUUAAGUGCUAUUAUUGGUUGGUAUAUGUCAAAGAAAAAUGUCUUGUCGAAUAAUAGGAUUCUUGAAAAAGCACAUAUUGGGAGCACAGCGUAAAAGCUUUACUCCCACAUAUUCUGUUUGUGCUUACUAGAUGGGAUAAAAUUAACUUGUGUGACAGUAUUUCAUGCAAUAAUGUAUUCUUUAUAAAGUGUAUUCAAAUAUUUGGUCAUGUUAAACCUCUGCAAGAAAACAACUCUGUUAAAAAAGAUUAUCAUAAAGAAUAUUUCUGUACAUUCAUUAAAUGCAAUAUAAAAUGAAA